AAGAAAUGGGAUUUUCUUAUCUAUAUUCACGGAUCUCCGAAGAGUUUUUAAACAUCAAAUUCGAUGUGACGAUCGAACAACCGUUGAUCCGAGACACCCCGUGUGUAAAGACGAGUGGUGGGAUAUUUGAUGGCUCGAAUUCGGAGAAGCGACUUCUGCCUCAGUUUGCUCGCAUCCGAGCUGGCGCGAGGUUGUGUUGUGUGCUUUCGCUGCAAGUUGCUCCCUUGAAAAGCAUCCCUUUCACCUUCAACCCUCUAUCUGCCGGUCACCGUGUGUUCUUUUCUUCGCGCUGUGGAAAUUACACACACUGGUGUUUCUCGCAAGAAAACAUCCCUCAAGAAACGUGCACAGUGAGACAGUGUUAAGUGAGAGAAGUGAUUUUCGUGGCUGAAUCUAUUUUCGAGGCGAAUCUCGAGGAUUUUCGUGGAUGGGUGAUCAUGACGAUGACGAGAUAUUGGAUGCUAUUAACGUGGCUGCUGAUAAUCGGCUGCAUCCCAGGGUCACAGCAGCUCAUCAUCAAGAGUAUCAACGUGCCAGCAGCGGUGAAAAUCUGUGAGAUUGAUCAUGUGAUCCUCGAUUGCGAUUACGAGUUAGAGAACACGUCGAGGAUGGGGUUGGUGGUCAAGUGGUUCUUGGACAGCGAUAAGUUGGUGUACCAGUGGAUCCACGGACGAGAUCCUUUGGCCGCCGAGUCGGUCGAGAAGUACAUUGAUCUUACUUACAAGGCCAGCGAUGAUCCUUAUACUGAAUAUCGAGCAAUGAAGCUGAACAAACCGGGGGUUGAACUCACUGGUGAUUACACAUGCGUAAUAUCAACUUUCGAGGACGAGAAGACGGCAAACGCCUCCAUGGUGAUUUAUGCAACGGAGGAAAUUUUCAAUUUUGGAUAUACGAAGAAGACUAUAAAGGAAGAUAAAGAUGGUCUGGAAGCGACGUGCAUGGCCAAGGGACUUUAUCCGCAGCCAACUCUCGAUAUCUCGGUCAAAGAUUUCCUAGAUAAGCAAGCAACAAAGCCCACAGUGACGGUACGAGAAGAUGGACUUUAUGAUAUUCUGUCACGAAUAGAAUUAUUGGACGAGGAGUUACCGGAAGCAACUGUGACCCUCGAGUGCACCCUUGGCAUCCCUCGAGCAAACUACAGCGUGUCCCAAAUGACCGUCUACAACUCGGGAACGGCUACCACCACUUCCGCUACGGCGAUUCUGCAGCAUAAUACGGAUAUUCAGGCCUUAAACACCUCGAAUCCCGAUAAUAGUGGUGGUAACUUCAUGGAUCACAAGUCGGUCGAUUUUCUCCUGUUGCUGAUGCACCUGCUUCUUUUCAUCCAGUUUCAUUAAUAAUUAAUACGCUUAAUAGGUAAGAUUGGACGAAUAAUUGCGCCCAAUUGUUGGUGCCUCCACUCGACUUUCGAGAAAAGUCAGUGUUUCUUUUUUUCUUUUCUUUCGAUAACAGUUACAGUUUUUCUAUUACAGACUUCAUAGUUUUCAAAACUUGCAAGAUACAAGUAAAUAUGUCGCAUCAUGGAAUUUAUUCGGCCUAGAUUAAUAAUAAUAUUCUUCAUAAUGAACAAAUC